AUGAUCCGAGUAACUGCCUGGAUUCUUCGAUUCAUUAAAAGGACUUGUAAAAAGACUAUACCCUGGCUAAAAUCGUUGUCCGUACCAGGAGGCAAUAUGUCAAAGGAAUCUAACAGAGUGGCACAAUCACAGAACCUAACCAGUGAAGAAAUAGAGAAUUGGAAUCUCUUUCAACAUAGAAAUGAUAAGUUGUGGAGACCCAAUAGUCGACUAGAACAUUCAGAACUGGACAACGAAAGCAAAUAUCCCCUUUAUUUACCAAAUAAGGGCGAUUUAACUAAACUCCUCAUUUUGCAUCAACAUGAUAAGUUGUACCAUGCUGGUAUUGCGCACACCUUAUUUGCAAUAAGACGUAGAUUUUGGAUUCCGAAAGGAAGGACCGCAAUAAAAUGUACGAUAUCCUCAUGCAUGGCUUGCAAGCGAUGGAGAGCAAAACCCUUCAAAUUACCACCAAUGCCAAACCUACCAGCAUCACGAAACAAUAUGUACAAAGGCCCUUCUCAGACUAUCACUCUCAGUGGUUUCAGACUAUGUAACUACCAAUCUCGUUCACCAAUCUCGUUCCAACUUUGCCGCUUAAUGCAUCUUCAAAAACAGAUUGAUGGAAUCACAUUGUUCCAAUCUUCCCCUAAUAAAUGGAUAACAAACAACGAAGUACAAUAUUCAUACGGAUGGUGGGGAGUUAAAUGUUAA